AUGGAACUAACCUCCCUGAAUGAAAAGGGAAUACUAAGAGUGGGCGGUCAUCUCAAACAUUCUGAAAUGGCUUAUGAUAUGAAACAUCCUAUUAUUCUACCAAAAAAUCACUCCUUCACUACAAUGAUCAUCAACCAAGUGUACCUACAUAACCUACAUUCAAGCUUGUCGGUUACUAUGACCCUUCUUAGACAGAGAUAUUGGAUCAUACAUAACAGGAGCUCUGUCAAAAGAGUGAUACAUAACUGUAUUAAAUGUUAUCGAUUUAGAAAAGCAGCAUGUCACCAACUAAUGUCAAAUCUGCCUACAUCCAGAAUUACACUAGCAACUGCCUUUGAAAGAGUUGGAGUUGACUUUUCCGGGCCGUUUAAUAUCAAAUCCAAACUUUGCUGUCGCACCUUCACAAAAUCUUACAUAGCGCUGUUCAUUUGUUUGACUACUAAGGCAGUACAUUUGGAAAAGGUAGAUGGAUUGAGUACUGAAGAUUAUAUUGCUACAUUAAGACGCUUUAUUGCUCGUCGAGGACUCCCAGCUAUCAUCAGUAGCGAUAACGGAACAAAUUUUACUGGUACAAACAACAAAUUGUGUAAGCUAUACAAACUAAUUCAGCAACCUGAUCAUCAAAACUCUGUUACAUUAUUCUGUCAGUCAAAGGAAAUUCAGUGGAAAUUCAUUCCACCUGCUUCGCCUCAUCAUGGAGGGUUGUGGGAAUCGAAUAUAAAGUCUGCCAAGGGUAUUCUGAAUAAGGUUACAGGAGACAUGUGCUUUACCGCGGAAGAGCUAAACACAUUGUUUUGCCAAAUUGAAGCGAUUCUAAAUUCAAGACCACUUCAAGCUGUCUCUAUGGAUACCACUGAUUACACAGCUUUAACCCCUGGACACUCUUAUAGGAAGGAUUUUGGAAACGAUGGACAUCCGAAUAUUUAUGUUCACUGCAAAACCGGCCUAAGUGGUGAUACCAGUGAUACCAGUGAUGGUCAAGUAAGAGUAGUAAAAAUCCGUACUGCUGUAGCCGAGCUGACAAGCCCCAUCACUAAAUUAAUCAAGUUGCCUAUUAAUCAAUAA